AUGUUUCCGUUUUCCUUGGUUCUAUCUCUCUGGCGGUCUAUAUUAUCGUUGGUAGCAACUGGAGAAUCCGGUCCUCCUACGAGGGAUAAUGGCCGGAAUGUGAAAUGGCUGGACCACGAGCAUGGGAUUAUGAGCUCUUCAGCGCUGGACCCGCCGAAGGAAAUCCCCGAUUGCUACAGCUGCCCAUUCUGCGAAUUCCAUGGCAGGGACGAAUAG